AUGGACACCAUCAGUUCCAACAAACCCUCCGUGAAAGAACUGGAAUGUCUCAUAGACAACUGUAGAUUGGAGUCAAAUGGGCUAGACGAAGUGUGGCCCAAAAUUUAUAUAGGUAACAUGGUCACAGCACACAACAAGGAGGAGCUGAGUCAACAUGGCAUCACCCAUAUAAUGAACGCAGCACACGGUGCUUGGGGGAGCAAAGGAAACCAGACCUUUUAUGGAUCAGAAAUCUCUUACUAUGGCAUAGCAGCAGAAGACUCCGUCGAUUUUGACCUAAGUGUCUAUUUUCAUCCGGCCUCAAAAUACAUCCACCAAGCACUCAGAGCCCCAAAAGGAAAAAUCUUGGUUCAUUGCAUUCUAGGCAAAAGCAGAUCCCCAGCCCUGGUUCUAGCUUAUUUGAUAAUUUACCAGAACUUGUCUCUGGCUGAUGCUCUUGAAAGGCUUCUGCAGCAUCGAGCAGUUUCCCCAAACCGAGGAUUUCUAAAACAGCUUCAAGAUCUGGACCUAGAACUGCGUUGCAAGAAAACCCUGUGUCAACUUUUAUGA